ACUUCAUUUCAAUCCUACACAGUACAAAGCAGUACGACGUCCCUCUCUCCGUGUACGCUAUGUACAGCAGUACAAGUUGUACAACAAUGUAUGCCCACCAAUUACCCUCCUCAAUUGAAAUCGCCGCCCUAAUCUUAAUCCGAGCCUGCCGGAGAUCAGGAAAAAGAUGAACCACAGCGAUCACAUGAUGCCCAUGGCGGGUCCCUCGCCGACACGGCGGAACAAGAUGAUGAUGCACAUGACGUUCUACUGGGGGAAAGACGCGCUGAUCCUCUUCUCGGGUUGGCCCGGCGCCCGAACCGAGAUGUACGUUCUGGCCCUCGUAUUCGUCUUCCUGCUGGCGUUCCUCGUGGAGUGGCUGUCCGGGUGUCGGCUGAUCCGGAAGGACGCGGGUCGGGUCGGGGCCGGGUUGAUCCAGACGGCGAUGCACGGCGUGAGGGCCGGGCUGGCGUACAUGGUGAUGCUGGCGGUGAUGUCGUUCAACGGCGGGGUGUUUCUGGCCGCAGUGGCGGGGCAUGCCGUGGGGUUCUUGGUGUUCGGGAGUAGGGUUUUCAAGAAGGACGACGACGGUGUGGGUUUGGAUGGCGGGGAUUAUCGUCAUCGGAGGGCCGGAGGUCUCCGUUCCGAUCUGCCUCCCAUCAGUUGUUGAUGGCUCUGUCUUCUCCUUUCUCCAAUAUAUAUAUAUUUUUUUAAUUAGUUAGGAAGAUGGUGUUGUUUAAUUAAUUCGUUGAUGACCAAAUGACUAUGAAUAAUGAGCAAAAGAUGGACAAUUUUCUAUGGUGAAUCAGGCUCCAAGGAUCUUCUGGAGCGCUUAAUAUGCAUUUUCACACUAAAUGCGAUUGAUUACAAAGUGGGGUUACACAAUGAAGCUAGAAAAUAGAUCGAGGACAAUGAUCCAAUAGUAGUGAGGGACUGGAUUCCUAGCACAUCAUCUGGCGACCCAUUCAGCUUUAACAUUAUGCUUUACAGGAAUGAACUCCACUUUGAUGU